GGCGGUGAAAGCCGGUGUGGCCGGUGUAUGCAACAGGGCGAGAGUUUCGAGUAAGGCAGCAGCACUGCUUGGCGUUCAUGUAUUGCUAUGGGAUUUUCGAAGUUCUGUGUCUCGUGUGGUUGCUGAGUUGGCGUAUGAUGUCAUAUGAAAAUACAUGUGGUAUGCAACAAGCCUGACAGCGAUUGUAGUUCGUUGUAAUGGCUUUCAUCGAACCUCCCAACUCGGAGAGAUUUUCUCUCUUACUCUUGGAGCCUGGGGAAAUUUACUUCAAGGAUUACAGCGUGUACCUUUAUCCUGAUAAUGUGAAAGAGGCAGAAGCACAAAGAAGGAAGCAAAAGGGACGGCUCAAGGUGUGUUCAAAGUCCAUUCUUUUCGUACCUGAAGAGAUAAACCAUCCAAUACUUAAGUUUCCGCUGAAUGAAUCCAGUAUCGUGAAGAGAUGGACAGGACCUCUGCUCUCCAAGUUGUACAGCAAGAACAGUGUCAUGAAUCUUCAGAAUGACCAAGUGGUGGAAAUGCUAGAAGGAAACUUUAUUAAACCUUAUGUGUUCAAAAGGGAAAAGGUGUCCUUCUUGUUCUCACUGGUGUAUGGAAGCAUUGAUGAAUGCCUCAUGCACAUUUCUCAACUCUCAAGGGCAUCAACACUGUCACCACCGGAACAUGAUUCCAUGAUUGCUGCAAUGGUUUUAUCUUGGCAGUCAAGAAUUUCCUUUGACCGAAGCUGCUUGGAGGAUUUGUAUGAGAGCAUUGUCCUGGAAACAAAAGCCAACAAAAUAUCGCCUCUGGUGAUCAACCCUGGAUUGGUGCUGCUUACUUCCCUAAGGCUAUACUUUCAGCCUUUCAACAAUGUGGAACCUUGGCCACACAUCAGGAUCAACCUUCGAGAUGUGAAGAGAGUCAUUAGGCGUAGAUUUCUUUUGAGACAAGUGGGCCUUGAGCUGUAUUGCUCGGAAAGCUCCAUGCUAAAGCACCUGUUCCUUUCAUUCAAGACCCAGCAGGAGCGAGAUGAACUCUACGAGAAACUUUUAAAGCAAGAAGCAUUAAACCUUGAAGACACUGGGCAAGAAAACAUGAUGUUGCUUUGGCAGACUGGUGUCAUUUCUAAUUACGACUACUUGCUUUACAUCAACAGUCUGGCUGAUCGCAGUUUUAAUGACCUCACACAGUAUCCAGUGUUCCCAUGGGUAAUAGGGGACUACAAGAGCAAUACUUUAGACUUGAGCAGUAGUGCAAGCUACCGAGACCUGUCCCGACCAUUGGGCGCAUUGUCUGAGAAGCGUCUCAAGAAAUUAAAGGAUCGCUAUGCUGAAAUGGCCGAACCCAAGUUCCUGUAUGGAUCCCACUAUUCUACUCCUGGUUUUGUGCUCUACUACUUGGUGCGCAAAAUGCCACAGUAUAUGCUAUGCCUGCAGAAUGGCCGCUUUGACCACCCCGACAGGAUGUUCAAUAGUAUUUCUGACACGUGGAGAAAUGUGACUACAGACGCAGCAGAUUUUAAGGAACUUAUUCCUGAGUUUUAUGACCUGACUUGCAGUGGGGAUUUCUUGAUCAACUCACUGAACUUGGACUUCGGAAAACGCCAGAAUGGCUGUGCUGUUGGUGAUGUUGAACUGCCACCAUGGGCUGAAGGCCCUGCGCAUUUUAUUCGCACAUGCAGAGAAGCUCUUGAGGCACCUUUUGUUUCGGAGAACCUUCACGCCUGGAUUGACUUAAUCUUUGGAUACAAACAGUCUGGACAAGAGGCAGUUCUAGCUGACAAUGUUUUCUAUCAUCUCACAUAUGAAGGAAGUGUUGAUCUGGACAGCAUCCAAGAUAUUCAUGAAAGGCACUCUCUUGAGGUCCAAAUAAUGGAAUUUGGCCAGACACCAAAGCAAAUAUUCAAGUACCCCCAUCCGCAGCGAUGCUUCACUGUUCUUCCAAGAUCACUGAGCACAGCAAGUGAUGCUACUCCUGACGGUAUGGCUGAGAAUGUCACCAGUAGCAGCGAAGAAACUGCUGCAAGAGACCGGACAUCUUCACUUUCAUUAUUUGCAUGGAAGAGGAACAUGACGGAUCUGACUAAGUUGACAGAGCACAUGCUUCACAAAGAAAUGGUUACAGAUGUCUGCUUCUCAGCUAGCAAAGGCAAUGUCUUCUCAGUUUCUCAAGACAGCCUUCUUAAAUUGUACUCUCUUGAGCAAAAGCAGCAACUAAGGAGUGCAAGUGUAUCCGACAUGGCAUUAUCUUCAUGCAUCAUAAUGAAUGACAAAACAGUUGUUGUGGCAUCAUGGGAUAAUCAUGUGUAUGUUUACAACAUGGAAUAUGGACGUGUCACUGAAUCGGCUAUGGCUCAUGAAGAUGCAGUGACUGACCUGUCUUGGAAAAAUGGAAUGUUGGCCACUGCAUCCUGGGACUCUACAGCAAAGAUUUGGAAGCUAAAGCAUCGUGGUGACAAGAGCGGUUUCAGCCUACACCUGGAAUUGGAACAUGAGUCGGGCGUGGCCUGUGUUUCACUAGAUUCUGAAGGGGAGAACUUGGUCUCUGGCACCGUGGAGGGUUGCAUCAGCCUCUGGAAGCUGCAGAAUGCUUUUUGCAGUGGACAGUUUCAUAUUCACAAAGGUUCUGUUUCAGCCGUGUCUUUCAGUCCAGAUGGUUACAGGGUAGCAUCAUGCAGUGAAGACAAAUUCCUAAAAGUUUUAGACGUUCAGACAGGCACAGUUCUCUUCACCAAAGAUGUUGGUUCGCCAAUGAGGUGCCUCUCCUGGGAUGGUGCCACAGUGUUUACUGGCUGUGAUUCAGGAAGCAUCCUGGUCUGGGACUUGCUAAGUGCAAAGCUUGUUGCAACUGUACCAGCACAUUCUGGACCUGUGACUUGCAUUCAUGUAUCUGAUGACGGAAGCCUUAUUGCAACAGGCGGAAUUGAUGGAAAAGUGGUGGUAUGGCAGUCUGGAGAACCCUGACAGCCAUCCUCGUUUUUUGGAUGCAAAGAACAUUUUCUUCAGUGCCACUACAGCAUGCCAUGUGUAUUUUUCUGGGAAUUAAGGCACACAGGAAAGCAUGCAUCAACCUUCUGCUUGCUGUACAGUAUUUGACAUUUUGAGAAUAUAUACACCACUUUUUACC